AUGUCGCGCGCCAACACCCCAAAACGCCGCAAGCCAUGCCGCGGCUCCCGCUCAAACGAGGCCAAGACGGCCGCCAAGAACGCCAUUCACAAGGAUGCUGAGGAUCCAGCCUCUGGCGAAGAAGGCCGCGUCCCCAUUUCUCCGGAAGAGCUCCACAAGGAGGCAAAGGCUCCAGGCUCUGGUGGAGAAGGCUCUGCCCCCGCCAUCCCCAAUACGCCCCCCGCCCUGACAUUCAGGAGGUGUCCGCCACCGCCAGCCAAGUUUAUGAUAGUGCCGGGUAUUCCAGACAUCCAGAAGCAUAACCUUGUAUACACAGUGGAUGCUUGGCUCGACUGUGAGCCUCAGGAGUACCGGAUCAAGCUUAUUGACCCGGACUGGGAAAUAUGGGAUGAAUAUAUUCGUGCUGGACAGGGCUGCGGGGAGUCGGUCGGAUGA